AUGUCCCGUCUUCCUGCAUCUCAUACAAAUCUCUAUCGGUCCCAGUCUCCCGUGAGCGUCGCCAAGUCCGAUACGACGUACCAUAGCUUCUACGAUAUUGAGUUAUUCGAACCUGGUUCACCUGUAGCAACAACCCGAAAAGUAUCCAAGCAGGAUGAUGCAUCUUCACCCAAGUCCAUAACCCGACAUGAUUCGGGUUACGAAUCCAUGUACUCAGGAUCUUCCCACGGGCUCAGCUCUAACGUCUUGCAUCGCAACACUUCGCAGAGUCGUCAUCAAAAACGGCCUAGCCUCCAACGCGCAGCCAAGUCAACACCUGUAUCCUAUCCUAGGCGACUUAGUGAGCACUCCGUCUGUAUGACAACAGCACAGCAGCAGCAGCAGCACCAGUCAAAUUCAUACUAUUACUUCCCUUCGCCUGAAGACAUCACCAGUCAGGAUGAGACGGCCGAGGAAAUACACCCGCCUCCACCGCAGACGACGCAUUAUUGGAUGAGCGACCACACGCGCCGUCUCGAAUACGCCGCUAUCGACGCAGCUAGUCGUGGUAUAAAGGGAUGGGUGAUGAAGCACGUGGUCCCGGAUUGCUUUGUGCCCAAGGAGAACCGGCGGCUCACCUUCGACGAUGACACGGGGAGCGUGAGGCGAUACCGGCUGGAACUCGAACUCGACGAUGAUGACGACGACAGCAUCAAGAAAGGCAAGCGCGGAAAGAAACUAGGCUGGUUAUUUGGGCGAUGA